CUUCACCCUUCAACCUCCACAACAACCAGCCAGCAACCAUGCACUUCGCCACCCCCCUCCUCGCACUCAUCGCCGCCGUCAGCGCCGCCCCCUCCAUCGAGGACAUCGGCUACUGGAACGUAACCAUCAGCCACGAAUUCGCAGGAAGACGUGGCUAUACCGAGAAGCUGCACGCCGAAUUCAGGUCACCCUACUACACCAAGCCCCUCGUGACGGACUGCACGGCCUCAUAUACGUUUUCCAACGGGCGUACAACCCCUGUCUGCACGCCUAACUCGCUGGCUUAUGCGUACAAUGUUCAAACUGAAAUCUUCAGCAUGCGUCAGUGCAUUACCAAGCCGGCCAAGUUGGUUGCGACGGGAAAUCACAAGGUUGACAUCAAGGUGAAUGGUGGAAAGGAUCUUCGUCCUUAUACUGGCAACUUCAUCGUUCCCGUUUUGGAGCGUUACCCCGAGAAAUAA